CAACGAUCUGACGACAGGUGCGCGUCAAGACGCAGGAGAAACGGGCGAUACGUGCUGCUAGAUUGUGGAUUUAAAGGGUUCUUCUGCUCAAAAUUACAGCAGAUAGAAGGAGGUGGCAGCGGGAGGAGGAGGUGGAGGAGGAGAAGGAGCUGGCUGACAAAGAGGAGAGAAGUGUUGGAUAGACUGAGCCAUGCUGUCUCUGAGCUGCGCAGACCCGUGGCCCGAAGGCUCGGUGGGGCUGGAGGAGGAGGUGGUGACCGCCGCUGCGCAGGCUGAGGAGCGAGACAACGCCAAGCACAACACCAGCACGAGCAGCUGCUGCAGCUCCGUCAACCUGGACGACAGCCUCACCAGCCUGCAGUGGCUGCAGGAGUUCUCCAUCCUCGGUGCCAACGUGCCGCAUCAGUCCCACCACCAGCCGCACCUGUUCGGACACCAUCCGCUCGGCUCCGACGCCCCGGCCUCCCCGCUGGCUGGGGACCCCGCCUCCAUGGGAAUGCCCCUGACCCCUGGGAAGCCCACAGCUGCGGCCUACAGCAGGCUGCAGCCCCUCCCUGGUAUCGUGGCGCACGGUCACUGUCCGGAUGAGGUGGACUACAAGACCAACGCGCACAUUAAGCCGCCAUACUCGUACGCCACGCUCAUCUGCAUGGCCAUGCAGGCAAGCAAGAAGAGCAAAAUCACUCUGUCCUGCAUCUACAAGUGGAUCACUGACAACUUCUGCUACUACAGGCACGCUGACCCCACCUGGCAGAACUCCAUCCGACACAACCUGUCGCUCAACAAGUGCUUCAUCAAGGUGCCACGACAGAAGGACGAGCCAGGGAAAGGUGGUUUCUGGAAGAUCGACCCUCAGUAUUCCGAGCGUCUCCUGAGUGGUGCCUACAAGAAGAGGCGAAUGCCUCCAGUCCAAAUCAACCCAGCCUUUCAGAACAGGCUCAGAGUCAACCUUCAGCCCCAGGUCCGAGGCCUCUGCAGGCCCACAGAAGGUGUUAAUGGCCUGUCAAUCAAUCCAGAGUCCCACAGGCUACUCCAGGAGUUCGAAGAGGCAACUGGUGCUGACCAGAACUGGGAUCCUCAUCUUGCUGAAGGGACAAUGCUGGGGUCCUGGCCUGUGGUCAGGGGAAGAAGUGGGCAGAAGAGGAAACAGCCACAGGGCUCCAGAAAUGGUGCCAAAGCCCCACGACGUUCCAGCUCCCCUCUGCUCUCCGCAGACGACCCAAAAGAGAUAGAACCUCUGAAGGGAGACUUCGACUGGGAUGCCCUUUUAGACUCGGCCCUCAGUGGUGAGCUCAGUUUGGACGGCGGAGAACCCCUGAGCCCCAUCAUGAAAGAGGAGGACCUGACAGUUCGGGGCACUCACAUCUCCCCUGUUGAAGCCCCACCAGGGACAUCAGACAUCCACGUGUUGGUUGAAACGCAAAGGAGUAAUGACGUGUCAGACUUUGAUGAGGAGACCUUCCUCGCCACGGCGUUCCUCGAAAGCCCCUGGCCAGAGGAAGAAGAGCAAGGCCGUAAUGACUUCCUCUGUAGCUCCAACGUCAACCUGGACCAGCUGUUUGACCUCGGAGCCUCACUGGGUGGAGACCCAAGCACUCGGAUUGACACCCUACUUUGAGGUUGUGUCUUCUUUCACACGGCAAACUCUUGGCUACCCUUUAAGGGAUUAACAGACUCUUUUUACACUCAAGCAACUUUUAUUGUCCUUUUUAAAAUGUUGAAAGUGUUUUAAAUGACAUUUUAUGUUGAUUCAUGCUGGAUGUACUUUUACAAUGCCUGCAGAACAAAAAUGCCAUGAUGUACAACAACAGGGCACAUCAGCAAAUUAAAAACAAUAAUGCAUUGAAGACAUUUUUGGGAAUCACAAAAUAGCUUUUCUAGUGACAUGUUUGUAGCUUGGGUGUAUUAAAUUAGCUGGGGGUUGUGCUGCUUUCCCAUGUAGCUACUGGUCUAUCCCAGUGCCCAACCGGGACAAUUUGGAAUGGCUUAUGUACUAGGCAUUCAUUCUGAUCAUUCACUUUAAUGGCCGCCAUCUUGGAUUUGGGGUUCCAGUCCAAAUAAUACAAGUAUUUUAACUGCAUUAGCAUUAGGAAAAACAGUGAAAUUGUGAGUUUUCAUUUGCAUGAU